AUGUCUCUCUAUCAAAAUCUCGCUCUCAAUGGCUCUUUUGCCUGGCAAGGCUUGCGCCAUCCAUUGGAUAUGUACUCAAGUCUUGGUCCUACGUUGAGCGAAGCUACCUUUGGCUUGUUGGGAUUCUCCUUUGAGCCGAGAAGAGAUAUUGGCGACCUCUCCGGGAAGGUCAUUUUUGUCACAGGAGGGAAUGCUGGUCUUGGAAAAGAGACCGUUCUUCAGCUUGCGCAACAUAACCCGUCCCGCAUAUACCUCGCCGCUCGAGAUGCCACUAAAGCUCGCGAGGCCAUCAGCUUGAUUCAUGACACUAUUUCCGCCUCCGUCGACAUCAGACAUAUUGAUCUUGAUUUGUCUUCUUUCCAGUCUAUACGCGAUGCUGCAGAGAAGUUUUGCUCGGAGUGUGACCGCUUGGAUAUCCUGAUCCUCAACGCCGGCACCAUGGCGAAUCCGCCAGAGCUUACAAAGGAAGGGUUCGAAAUUCAAUUCGGAACAAAUCAUAUUGGCCAUUUCCUGCUUACCAAACUGCUCCUCCCCACGCUAAAAAAAACCGCCGGAAGCCCCUCAUCAGAUGUAAGAAUAGUGACGUUGAGUUCCGUGGGGAGCCAUGCUGCUCCGUCCUUUGAUGUCAUGACCUCAACGUCUGCUCUCCUGGCCGUCCACACGCUAGUCCGUUAUAGCGCGUCCAAAGCUGCCAACAUCCUUUUCGCGUCGGAGCUUGCUCGCCGAUACCCAGAGAUUCUCUCGGUUUCUGUUCAUCCGGGUGCAGUGUCCAGCGAACUAUAUCGCCAUACCAGCGCGAUGAAUGCCGUCUCAAGAUUUGGGCUUAAUAUACUUUCUACUGUGUUUCGUAGUAUACGCACAGGAGCAAUGAAUCAGCUCUGGGCGGCCGGGACGGAGAGAGAGCAACUGGUCAACGGGGCUUACUAUGUCCCAAUCGGGGUGCGCGGCUCGAGCAGAUUCGCCGAUGAUGCAGACAUGGCACGAAAGCUCUGGGAAUGGACGGAGAAUCAGAUCGCCGAGAAAUCAGGCAAGGGCACUCCCCGCCGCAAGGUCAAGAAGGUCCACAAGUCCUCCGGCGCCGACGACAAGAAGCUCCAGGCUACCCUGAAGAAGAUGAACGUCCAGCCCAUCCAGGCCAUCGAGGAGGUCAACAUGUUCAAGGAAGACGGAAACGUCAUCCACUUCGGUGCUCCCAAGGUCCACGCCUCCGUCCCCUCCAACACCUUCGCUCUCUACGGUAACGGCGAAGAGAAGGAACUCACCGAGCUCGUCCCCGGUAUCCUGAACCAGCUUGGCCCCGACAGCCUCGCCUCCCUCCGCAAGCUCGCCGAGAGCUACCAGAACAUGCAGAAGAACCAGGCCGGCGCCGAGGGCAAGAAGGAUGAUGAUGAGGAUGAUAUCCCCGAUCUGGUUGAGGGCGAGAACUUCGAGAGCAAUGUCGAGUAA